AUGAAUCUAGUGACGGUGUUUAUGGUGUGCCUGAUGGCCAUUAGUGCCUGGGCGGAGGUGGAGAGCAAAUCCAAGCCCGGUCGGGGUCGAGGCUCUAUGUGGUGGGGCAUCGCAAAGGCGGGUGAACCGAACAACAUUUCACCGUUAGCACCCGGCAUGACGUAUCUCGAUCCGGCCAUCCAUGCGACGCUGCGACGCAAACAACGCCGGCUGGCAAGGGAACAUGUCGGAGUUUUGGCUGCGAUCGCCAAGGGCGCAAAUCUGGCAAUCAACGAAUGUCAACACCAGUUCCGGACGCGUCGCUGGAACUGCUCGACCCGGAACUUCCUGCGCGGCAAGAACCUCUUCGGCAAGAUCGUUGAGCGGGGUUGUCGUGAAACGGCAUUUAUCUACGCGAUUACCAGCGCAGCAGUAACGCACAGUGUGGCACGGGCGUGCAGUGAAGGUUCGAUCGAAUCAUGCACUUGCGACUACUCGCAUCAGAACCGCGAACCGCAGAUGAGCAACAUUGGUACGGUAGCGGGCGUCGGUGACUGGGAGUGGGGUGGCUGCAGUGACAACAUCGGAUUCGGGUUCAAGUUUUCCCGCGACUUUGUCGAUACGGGCGAGCGUGGCCGGACGUUGCGCGAAAAGAUGAAUCUCCACAACAACGAGGCUGGCCGAGCGCAUGUACAGGCGGAAAUGCGACAGGAAUGCAAAUGCCACGGUAUGUCCGGCUCCUGCACGAUGAAAACGUGCUGGAUGCGGCUGAACAGCUUCCGGACGAUCGGUGACAUCCUGAAGGAUCGGUUCGACGGUGCAUCGCGCGUCAUGGUCAGCAACAGCUUGCGCAGCACUAGCGUGAACGAGAACACGCUCACCAAUCGAGCCGGUUCGAACAAUCUCAAGACGAACAUGAACAGCGUUGGCGGUUCGAACCCAAACAGUGUGCUGGGCAAUUCGUUUCAUGCCCGCGGUCACCAGCAGAAGCGAGUUAAUCGGUACAACUUCCAGCUGAAACCGUACAACCCCGAACACAAACCACCAGGCACGAAGGAUCUCGUGUAUCUCGAACCAUCGCCCGGAUUCUGCGAGCGUAAUCCACGGCUCGGUAUCCAGGGUACGCACGGGCGUCAGUGCAACGACACCUCGAUCGGUGUGGACGGUUGUGAUCUGAUGUGCUGCGGCCGGGGCUUCCGGAGGCAGGAAGUGACGGUGGUGGAACGCUGCUCAUGCACCUUCCAUUGGUGCUGCGAGGUAAAGUGUAAGCUCUGCCGGGCGAAAAAGGUCAUCCACACGUGUAAUUAA